CCAACACCCACGAAAUGUCGAUUAAGCCUGCACGCGCGGCACGCAUAACCGACACCACGAGCGCCCUGUUAGGCGAAAGUCGUGGACGCCGAAGGCCACGAAACACUGCAAAAACCGAUGUUUUUGAACAUUUUUUGAACAUCCUGCGUAAGAUACACAUAAAUCUGUCGACCGUAUUCGGGCGACACGGGGUCCAACAAAAGGGUCGGCGGCAGGGGGCGCGAGCGUAUAUAACCUUCGGUUACCAACCGAAGGCCUCCGGCAAGGGAACGUGCGCGUGGCCGGCGCCCGGAUUGUCGUGGUCUUCUUCUCGUUUAUUUUGAUGGUGUUUGUUUGUUCAUAUGGAUUCGUAUUGGUGUCUUUAGAGAACCUACUUGGAAGUUGAAUUCCAUUUGUUAAUGUGUGUAUGUGUGAAAUAUGAAUAGCAUCCAGCAUCAUACAGUUAUUCUGCCCUGUCCGGGUAUUUGUGAUGUUUGCGGGAAAAUGCGGGAAAGUUCUGGCUCUAUUGCUGGAAGCCAUGUCCGUAAAUCCCUUGCUGCAGAAUGAUGAAAGUAGCGAUGCAGAGUUGGACCCUGAGGCGAACCAGGAUAAUGAUGAGGAGCCAUAUAAAGAGUAUUUGACCGAAUAUUUGAUUGAUACUCUGAAGAGCGAUGCUUAUUUUAUGGGCUACCUUGCGGCAAAGGCAUUGAUGAAGGAGCCCAGGCUUGACAAAAAGCUUGGAAUACGUGGUCGUUGGCUUGGUGCCAAUGAAAUGUGGCAACUGUUCGUCACCUUCGUGAUCCUGUUUUUCUCCAUCAUUGCCCAACUGGUCAUGAUCUACUACAUGCGAGUUGAGGACUCCCCUCUGAAGAGUGUGUUCUCGGGACGAUUUUUCGAACUCCAAUCUGCAAAACCAGACCACCCCGAGGAACAGAUCAGCAAUUGGUUGCUUUGGACGGCCCUGGCCAUCUUCUUUGCACAGUGCACCGUUGAGUUUCAAAAAGCAGUGAUCUUUACCAGAGCAAUUUGCAAAGAUCAUGACUGGAGCGUCACAAAGGCCUGGCAGGAUGCCUGGAACAACAGCCUUACGAGCUUCAGCAGCAUCUUUUCACGUGACGAGUUUGCUGGAGCCAGAUCGUUCUGUGAGCAAAAUGGGUUGAGUAUCCGAAGUGUCAGAAAGGCGAUUUGGCUAACAAGCGGCAGCUUCAGUUUCUUCGGUUUGGAUGACAUGCUUACUGCCAUUUUAGCCUUUUUCAAAUGGGUGAUUCCAGUUCUAUUGUCAUUUGCUGGAGUCCAUGUGCUAGUGAAGUCUGGCAAAGACCUGGACAUAGUCAUGAAUAGCACUGCCUUGACCUUUGUUUUUACGCUGGACGAUAUUGCGAUGGGUGCGGCAUGUCCAGCUCGUACAAGAGAAAUGUUCCAGUUCUAUUCUAAGUGGAAGAAGGAAUUGGAUGAUGCGUCGUUGAUUAGCAUCAGAAAAUUUGCGCAGCCGUUUCAUGCCUCUGCAAUUUUUGUUGGGUCUGUGUUUGGCGGUUUAUUAUUUACAUUCGUUUCUGGAAAACUCGCAUGCCUUUUGAUUUUGAUAGUUAUAGUGUGGACAUGUGCGAAGUUGUUGUGGAUUGAUCCACUAGGUUACGAGGGAGACGCUUCGGUUUGACUUCCUUGUAUGCGUGGAGUGAAGUGCUUUGUCACUCCUUCACAAUCGUCACAAUGUCAGAGCGGAAUGCUGAAGGCAUCUGCUCGAAACCAAGGUUACGCCUCUGAAUGCGGCCCCUCUGAAAGAGAGUGUGUCUGGCGGUCAUGACUCUGGCAGCCACUUGACUCGGGCGUGGGAGCAAUGUCAACGCCACGGCAGACAACGCAUCCGAAACAGACAGCAAGGCAUAGCAAGGCAAAGUUCAACACCGAAGGAGGACCGCAAGCAGCAAGGCGAAGCAUCAAAGUCAACACUAAAGAAUUGCAAGCAGUGUGUGUGUGUGUGUGUGUGUGUGUCAAGGCCCUCACGGCUUGUGCAUUAAACUGAUAGCCAAAACAACCAGGCAAGAGGCCAAGACAAGAGUCAAGAGGUCUGAAGUUUUUGUUUGCCAAAUGCUUCAAUGUUUGCUUCCAACCCUCGAACAACGACCGAACUAUCA